AAGGGCCCGGGGUCAGUAGGGGUCCCCAUGAGAUGCCCCUGGUACCUUUCAUUGGCUUUUUCAUAGGCUUUUUUGGGUUACACCAGCACAGUCAGUCAGAGCACUGAUGAUCAGUGUGCCCUGAUGAUCAGUGUAGCUCCAGCAGUGCCACCUGUCAGUGCCCAUCAAUGCCUUGUGUCAGUGCUCAUGCCAUGCCACCUGCCAGUGCCCAUAAGUGCCACAUCAAUGCCACAUACCAGUGCACAUCAAUGCCACAUAUCAGUGCCCAUCUGAGCUGCCUUUCAGUGUCACCCAUCAGUGCCAGUCAGUGCCACCUAGCAAUGCCAGUCAGUGCCACCUAUCAG